GGCUAGCUGAGCCAGAAGGCGCGCGGUUGAUGUUCUCCACGGAAGAAGAUGCAGGGCGUAUAUCUCCGCCUCAGAAGAGAGCCAGAACACUGGACAUUGCCGAUGUUGCGUGUCUGGUGACUAGACGGCAGAGAGCCGCUUUUCCAUCUCCCGAGAAACCAUCGCGAUCUUCUGUAUUCAGCCUGUCCUCGGAUACCGCGGCUCCUCUGUCGACUACUACAGUGAAGGAAACCCAGGACGAGUUCUCUCAGGAGCUGAUAGAGGAAGAUACGGUCAUUCAGUCUUCUCUACCGCAUUACCUGAGUCACGUGUACGGUGGCGGACGUCAUAGUGAUCCUGAUGACAGUGGGGCAUCGUCCUCGACCAGCUGUUGCUCAGUUAGCACUGCUUCUUGUAGUAGCAAGCUUUCACCCCCUGCUAUAGUAGAGUCUCAGGGGUUCACCGUGACAGAAAUUUCAGAUCAACCCAACGGCACCAAUAUUGAAAGUGAUGCUCCGUGUGCAGCCAUGGCUGGGAGCUCUAACAAUACCCAAUCAUCUCCCCUACUGUUUGACUCCCCCACAUCUCUUCCUAGAUCCUCUCCUACACAUGCAAAGCCUAACAUUUCUACAGCUGCUGACCAGCAGCCUUCAGUUUCACAUCCUCAGACUGUAGCAGCUAAACCUUGCACCCUGUCUACAACCAAGUCAGAACUGAAGGAGAAUGUGGCUGAUAGUGGUGACUGGGUAAAGAAGAGGCCCAGUCGGAAGAGAAAGUUUUCAGCCGGUACAAAGGCAGAGAAGUUGAACUACACUUGUCCACCUUCAUGCGUCAAUCUUGCUGAAUGCGCAGCAAUGAAACCAGAGUCACUUGUUCAUCUUUUUGCCCUUGUGCUGCAAGUUAAUUCUGUGAUGGAAGUAGCAUGCAAGAAAGGUCAACUUGCAGGGUCCACGGUGCCUGUGGCCUCACUCCUGCUGGCUGACCCCACCCGCUCCUGUCUGAAGCUCCUCCUCUGGAGAGAGGCUGCCUCUUGGGUCGAGAGAAUCACAGCUGGCGACAUCGUCUUCCUCAAGUCUCUUCGUCUGAAGAGAUGGCAAGGAGAGACAGUAGCCCACACUAUCAUGUAUUCCAGAGUCCUGAACCUCCAUCAACCAAAGAAGAGCCUGCCUCAGAAGUUUGUGACGGUGGUUCCUGCUGGGAGUCUGGAGAGUCUGGUUGAAUGGGGCAAGAGCCGCCACGGCUAUCUGUUCAGAGACACCCAUCCCCUCCCCUCAUCACAGAGGCCAGUCCACUUCAGGAGCUCUGACCAGCUGGGGGUGGAGUCAGUGGUUCACUUCAGAGCUAAACUGACCAGUGUCAUCAGUGAGAGAGUGUUCCUGUUUUCUGACAGACCAGGAAAAGAUGUCUGCCUUUACUUGUAAGCAAAUUAACACCACUCCAAAAUCAACGGUGGCGGCCUCAAUCAAUCCACGUGUGUGUAGGUUGUCAUCAUCCAGGCAAGGUGGAGGGUGGUACAGAGAACUGAGGAGUGGGGUAGGGGAGGUCUGGGAACUCCACUAUCUCUCUGUGUCGCUGGAGGACACUCAGGGUAGUUUCUCCCUGCAAGUAACCUCAAGAUCAAAGCUGAGAAAACUUCCCUCUGAUUCCAAUGAUGCUCAAGCCAUUAUGAAGCUCUUUCCGUCAUCUUCACAGAACAGUUCCAUUUCAACGGUGGACUCACUCUCAACUCUACUAGAAUACAAAUCUUCGGGUAUAAAGAAAUGUAGAGCUAAAGCUACACAAUUUAAUUUCCAGUUGUCUGGUGGUGAGGUGUUGUGUCUGGAGCAGCUAGCUGAGCUGAGUGGACCGGAGCUGGUGUCAAGAUUGCUGGGAGCUGUCUAUGUCGGAUGCCAGGCCUGCACAAAGCCUCUCCGAAUAGAUGAAAAUUGUGUCUACUGUCCCUGUGAAGACUGCAAGAAAAAGUCUCCCGGAGGCGCAUUUACCUCAUCUUACUGCUACAGGUAUAUGCAUUAAUAUGCAGUGCAAUUUUUGAGGGUCAGUUCCUUAGAGUAUGAUAUUAAGUAAUUCUUGCUCUUCUGAUAUGACAGCAUGUAGUUGGUUUGAGCGUCUUUCUCUCCACUUGCUAGUGAAAAGUACGAAAGGUUUAACUCAUUCCUGCUGAUUGCACUGCAUACUACAGCUAUAGUCGAGGUAUUGAGGACGGUUGGUUUGGAUGUCUUUCUCUCC